CUUUCUUGGAAUUGGACUAUUGAUAUUCUUGUUUUCUGCACGACCUGCUGAUACAAGAUGUAGUUGGGCCCGACCGCCGACUGCACAAUUUUCACAUCCAUAUAUUCUUCUUCUUGAAAAAUUCGAUCUGCUUUACCCGCCUGCUUACGAGGACCUGAUCUCAACCUGCUUCACCAGAACAACCAUAUAAUCCAAAUCAUUUUUAGUACAGCUAUGCCCGGAGGGCAUCUUCCGCCCCGGGCAGCAGGCGACCCACCGACAACGCAAAGUAGUAAUGCCAAUUAUGACCAUGCAGCUGAUUAUGGUGCUGCAACCAACAACUGGAUCCCACCGCAUGCCGGUACUAACCAAGCGCAACAAGAAGCAGAUCAUGACACGACGCCGACCAGAUCCGCUGCAACAUCUCUCUCGCAACAACUUUUCGCCCUCAACCGACGACUCCGGAACUUUUUUCACACCAUACUCCGCCUGUACGGGAUUUUGUGCCUCCACGUAGCGUUUCUGGUCUCCAUGCGGACGAGCUACGAAUUUUUGGUGAAGAUGGAAUACGGAGCGGAAUUCUUUUAUGGAAGUGUCAGAAUCGAAAUCGACAAAGUCGAAAAAUUUGUGAUGCACAAAAUCGAUGCCAGUUGGAGCCUCAGUUUCUAAGUGGCGCGUGACAACUUUCGGGACCACCAAAAUCCAGUCUGUCAUGCUGUUUGGACAAAGCAGGCUGCUCCUGUCAUGCUACUCUGGCAACAUAUUACAUUUUACAUACCCCUAAACAGGCUUCCAAUCGGUCUCAUUUGCCUGCUCCCCAAUACAGGCGUCGCGUGCCCUACAUUUUAUGCAUCACAAAUUGUUUGAUUUUGUCGAUUUCGAUCCUGACACCCCCAUAUCUUUUUUGUCGAUUUUUUGUACCUGGCAAUGUAG